AUCAGAUUACAACACACGGAAGAGGCUCCCAUCAACAAAUGAGUCAGACGCAGAUCUCGUUUCCUAGUGUCAAAAUGUUGUAGGUUUUAAAACAGUCGAGAAAAUGACGUCCAAGGGAUUGCAAGAAGAAUAUCCCCUUCAUUGGCUUGUUUGGGAUAACAAGUACCAGGACUUGGAUAGAGAACUCGCUCGUGAUGUUCAUCAGCUGGAGAAGCUAGAUCCUCGAGGAAGGACAGCUCUACAUCUUGCUGUCACGCUAGGCCAUAUUGAGAGUACACGAGUAUUGGUGCGGUAUGGAGCCUCCACCAUGAUGGAGAACAAAGGCAACUGGUCAGUGCUACACGAGGCCGUGAGUACAGGCGACCCAGAACUAGUCCAGUUGGUCCUCAAACACAGAGACUACCAACGGUACAGCAAGAGGACUGUCGGUGUUCCUGAACUCUUACAGAAACUCAAGGAGUCAUCAGACUUCUAUGUGGAGAUGAAGUGGGAAUUCACCAGUUGGGUGCCUUUGGUAUCUCGGAUGUGCCCCAGUGAUACAUACCGGGUGUGGAAAAGUGGUUCAAAUGUGAGGAUAGACACAACAUUGUUAGGGUUCGACAACAUGUCCUGGGAGAGAGGCAGUAGAAGCUACAUAUUUAAAGGCACAGCAAACAGUGCGACUGUAAUGGAGGUAGACCAUGACAGAAGAGAGAUUUUCUCUGAAACGAUGCAGAUCCUUCCCCCAAACUUUGAUAUAUCAGUGAUGAAUCCCUCCGACGACUCAGUAGCGGCUCGCCUCACCAACCCCCUGGUCACCACCUACGUAGACACAGAUAAAAUUUCUUUUGAAAGAAACAAAUCUGGUAUUCUGGGCUGGCGUAGUGAUAGAAGCGAGACUGUCAAUGGCUACGAAGCCAAGGUUUUUGGAGCCUCUAAUGUUGAAUUGGUGACAAAGACACGUGUUGAACAUCUGUCAGAACAUGACAAACAGAAAUCCAAGAAAAAUAACAAGACACCUCUUGAGUCAUUCUUGGGGGUGGCUGAGGAACAGAACAAGAAACAAGGAGCAUCAAAUGGAGAUGUGUCGUCAGUGAUGUAUAACCCAAGUGCUAUCACACCGGAGGAAUACUUUAACUCCUUUGUAGACUUAAACGACCGUGAUAUUGGUCGUCCUAUCGAUCAGACAACAAAGACUCAGAAGUUUAAAGCCACACUGUGGUUAUGUGAGAACUACCCGUUGUCUCUCCAGGAACAGGUCGUGCCCAUCAUAGACCUUAUGUCUUCUAGUAAUGCACACUUUAGAAAACUAAGAGACUUCAUAACGUUACAGUUACCCGCAGGAUUUCCCAUCAAAAUCGAGAUUCCACUGUUCCAUGUGCUCAAUGCAAGGAUUACAUUCGGUAACAUCUCUGGAAUGGAUCAGCCUAUUGAAGGGGUCACGCCUCUCAGGAAUGGGGACGAAUCCAAGUGUAAAUGUGUUGUAGAUGAAACAUGUUUUGAUCCUCCGAGUGGUUAUACAAGAUUAGGAGACAGUGGUGGUCACCAUGGCCGUCUACAAGAUGAGGAUGACGAACUUCUUCAGUUUGCCAUACAGCAGAGUUUGAUGCAAGCAGGAAGCACAGAAAACGACCAGGUGUCAAAACCGCAGUUAACCUUUUGGGAGGCUCUCAACAAUAUACGUCCACCACCCCCAGGUACGGUAGGACCCGAGGAGGCUGACCAGCUUCUUCAGAGAGCCAUAGCAGAAAGCAUAGCCUUAUCAGGUGGUCCUUCCCCAGUAGACGGAGCCCCUCCCCUUCAGACACAGCCUCAGCAACAUGCAGCGCCCCCUAUCCUCCGUGAUGAUGAGACACAGAUGCGUAUGGCCCUUGAGCUCUCUGAGCGACAGCAGCAAGAGGACGCAAUCCGUCGAAAACAGGAAGAGGAGGAGCUAGAAAUGAUUCUCAAGCUGUCGCUCACAGAAAAGUGACGUAUCAUUCUACAGUAGGAUUUAUUUAUCAUACAUUACGACAGUUACAACACAUACUGUGACAGUCACAUGCAGUGUUUCACCAAAAAGUAUGGACAUGACUUUUGAAUCUGCAGAGAAAAUGAAUUGCUAUGUUGUACACUGUGAGAAAGUCGCACAUGAAAUGACAAGAGCCGUAGUGACCUUUGAGGUAACGGCUAUGGUUGAUAUUGCUGGCAUGCUUCAGAGACUAAAUUUGCCUCUGUUUUAAAAGGCUUCAUGCUAUCAUUGUCUUCAGAGACUACCCUUUAAGCCACAAUGGCCUGUCAAGUCAGUAAUAUCGCAAACCAGGUCCAUUUUGCAUGUGUAAUCGGAACUGUGAUAUGUUGAAGCAAAUAAUGCAAAGUGUUUCAAGGUAGUUCAGUUGUGGUAACAGUAGUAUGGAUAAAAGAGAGAACGUCUGUAGCUUCAAAUGGAGGUCAUAUGUGGCUUCAGAUGGAGGUCACCUGUUGAUUCAAAAUGUAACCUAUAGCUUCAAAAGGAGGUCACAUGUAGCUUUAAAUGGAGGUCACAUGCAGCUUCAAAUAGAGGUCACCUGUGGCUUCAAAGGGAGGUCAUCUGUAGCUUCAAAGGGAGGUCACCUGCAGCUUCAAAGGGAGGUCACCUGUUGAUUCAAAAUGUCACCUGUAGCUUCAAGCUUAAAAGGGAGGUCACCUGUGGCUUCAAAGGGUGGUCACCUGCAGCUUCAAAGGGAGGUCACCUGUUGAUUCAAAAUGUCACCUGUAGCUUCAAGUUUAAAAGGGAGGUCACCUGUAGCUUCAAAGGGAGGUCACCUGUAGCUUCAAAGGGAGGUCACCUGUAGCUUCAAAGGGAGUUCACUUGUGAAGGCCAAAGAAAGUAAUGUCAUGAAAGAAGAUAACUUGAAACACAAAGGGAGGUAACUAGUUACUACUUAAAAGUGCAGCACUUUUGUGGAAAUAUGGGGUUGUUCAAAGGUAGUUAUUGGAUAAAAAUUUGAAAUCUUUCAUUGAUCCCGUUUAGGUCAUUCAUGGUUGUAAAAAAGCUAACUCAUACAUACACAAAGAAAAACUGGCGAGUUCAGAGAGAACAACAAUUCAUCAAAAAUUAUCAUGUAGGAAGUCGGCUAUUUUUAAAAUGGUCACAUGGGAUUUAUGCAUGGUUUAAGAAUCAUUUAAAAACUUCCAAUGUAAUAAUAAUAAUACAAGUUAUACACUUGUGGUAUAAUUAGUUCUGAAAAUGUGAAUAACAGGCAUUUUCUGGUAUCAAGGUUUACUGAUUUUUAGUAAAGAAAAGAAAAAAGAAUACCUUUAAUGUGGGUGUAAUUGGAUGUCUUCAUUAUUUAUGUUUCACUUACAAAUUUUGUCCCCAAUCAACAAAUGGACAUGUUUUCAUUGCAAAACAAAACUUGCUCCAAUGAAAAGAGCAAUAAUCACGAAUGGAGACAUACUGCAGACCAUGGUUCCAAAGAACAUUAUAAUAUUGAUGUUGUUGACUAAAUGUAAUAUCUAUCGGCGCAUAUCAUAUUUUUGGUUUUUACAAAUCUAAAUGUAUGCUAGUUUAAAGAAUGUCUUUAGAUUCUUCAAUGUCCUUGAAGCAAGAUGCAAUUUGGAGCCAUUUUGUACAUAUUAGCAUUUAACAACACAAUGCGGUAUUUAAAUGUUGGACAUUAAUUAGGUGCCUGGCAUUGAAGUGUAAUCAAAUAUUUAAAAUAUUUAUGUAUUAAGAUUCUUACAAGAAACAAUUGCUAAAUUGAACUUUGUUAAUUUUAAGGACCAGACUGAGUACACAUUUUGACAGUACUAAUUGCAGUUAAUUUCAUUAGUUUAGAAGUUCUCUGUAAUUUUUUAAAACAAUUUCAACUUCCAUGGACUAUCGAGCAAUAAUUCACCAGAAGGCAAAUCAAUUUGAAUGGCUUCUAAUGGCACGCUCUACAGCCAUUGUUGGCCGUCGCUCUACAGCCAUUGUCGGCUGUCUCUACAGCCAUUGUUGGCUGUAAAGGUAUUUUGUGUUGUAUAAUCCUAUCAAUUCAUUAUUUGAUAGUGCUCUAAGCUAAGUUUUAUAAACUGUUUUUAUUUUAUCUAUUCAUGAGUAAAUGUGAAUUUGUCAAAAUAUUGUUGUAAGGAAAUGUGUUAAAACAUAAUUGUCAACUGCCAUUUAAAAACAGCUUUAUACCUUUCCCUUUCUUCCUCCUCUAUCAUGAGCUUCCCUGUUCUGUCUUGUCCCAUCUGUCUGGUACCUUUAUAUGACAUUCAGGUUAAUGUGUAGUUGUAAGUAAAACACUGCCAUAACCAAUGGUCUUUCUGACACAUAACCCUCAAGGGAGACAAUUCAAUUGAAUUAAUUUUAUGUGUUCAAUAUUUUCAUAUUUUGAAAACCAAAAAGGAACAAACAACAUUUGGAGAAAGAAAUUCUAAUUAAGAACUCAGUUCUUUUUCAACUGCGUUUCAUAUAUAUAUAUAUAUUUUUUUUUUUUAGUCUAUGACAGUCACAAUAUCAACAAUUUCAUUGUUGAUUUCUUUCAAAGUCGGAUAUAUUCACUACUGAUCCUUCACUUGAAUAAUGCAAGGAAAUUAAGGGGUGGGGGUAGAGCUGUAUAAGGUAAUAUUUUAUAUAUAGGAUACUAACAUGUCACUCUUCUUGACAUUCGUAUCCUGUACAGAUGGCAGUCCAUAUAUUUGUCUUUACCCGAGAGAGUUUGAACCAUGCAUGCAGAGGGUUUAAAUUCUGAUCAUUAAAAAGGAGAGGAAUUAAUGUCUUUAAUAUUACCAUAAGUACGGUAAUUUGUCUUCAGUAAAACUCUGUUAGUUAUUAUGUUUUGUCAUUUCUUGAACAAGGUGGGUAAUGGUGAAUAAGAAAAAAGAGAAAGGAUUUUUAAACAAUCUAGGUCAUUUUGUUCCUGUGUUAUUAUUCCAUUUUGAGUAUUGUGGAGGCAUAGUGCGCUUUACUUUUACGUGUUACCAGUAAUGGCUCUGUAUACAUUUACAAUAAAACUGUUAUUAUAUAUCU